GCGGUUGACUCCAAAAGUCAAGUCACGAAAGUCACGGGCGCUUAUCUCCACGACUAUCAGCCUCAGCCUUAUCUCGAUCCAGCAUUCGGUCAACAACGGUCACCACAAAACACGCUGCGAUACCCCGGAUUCUAGCCUCCGCAUUCUUGCCGUCGCCUCUUAUCUAUGAAAACACUCUCUGAUUGCUUCGGUUGAAGUGGGCAGCCCAUGCUCAAUGCAGCAAGUAGAGCUGCUAGGUCCUAACAACAGAGCAAACCGGGCAGUUAUUAAAGGCAAGCGUUCAUGAACGAAAUCAGGGUCCCAUGAUCAACACCGCCCAGCUACAAGCUCCGAGGGAAGCCUAUCACUAUGAUAAGGGCAGGUGUUAUCAAACACCGCCCAACAAAGCGGUAAGUCUGUGCUCAUUGAGGUCUCGGAUGGUACAAAGGCGGCGCAAGUACUUAGACUUGUUGACCCUCUGGUAUGCUCCUGCCAUUUUCCAACUCUGCACCUACUCAAUACGACACCUUCUAUCCUUUGUCUACCUGCAGUCCCAUUUCCCACAGCCCGACCAUAAGCAUCCGAUCCCACAUGCCUAUGGCCUCCAAGACAUUCAGUGAACUACAAGAAGAGGAGUACAAUUCAACGACGGUUGGAACGAUCAAAUGCACGGCCCCAAUUCCCUUCGGCGGUGAAGAGCAAUGGCUCUACUUUCCUGACGAUGGCAAAUUUGACCUGUCGAGGGGAUCAGAGAAGAGGAUGAUUGUUGAAUGCGACAAAGAACGCCACAACCACACCGGGUUCAUGUUCGAUCCUGACAGUGCCAUCCUGAUUGUAGUCGACAUGCAAAACUACUUCAUCCACCCUCAGUACCGAGAUCACGCUGCUGGUAUCAAGGCUGUCGAGCCUACCUUGAGGGUCAUUGAGCGGUGCAGGAAGGAGGGUGUUCAGAUCGCCUGGCUAAACUGGGGCCUGACAGAGCACAACCUCAAGACCAUGGCACCAGCAAUCCAGCGAGGGUUCCACAAGACUCUGGGAUGGCACGUCGGACUAGGCGCUCAGCUCCCCGGGAACCAGGGUCGUUGCCUCUUCAAGCGAACGUGGAACGCAGAGCUCUAUGAGCCCUUCAAAGCGGUUGCUGAGCCUGGUGAUCUAUUCUUCGACAAGACACGCAUGAGCGGGUUGUGGUCCACGACUGAGCCUCUCCACGAAUAUCUCCGCGCUGUCGAUAAGAAGACGCUGAUCUUCACUGGUGUGAACACCGAUCAGUGUGUGUUCGGUACGGUGUCCGACGCGUACUCGUACGGUUGGGACUGUGUGUUGCUGGACGACUGCACAGGUACCAUGACCGGAUUAGGUGCUCAGGCUGUUGCCGAGUACAACAUUGCACAGAACAUGGGUUUUGUCACUGGAAGCAAGGAGUUUUGCGAGGCGAUUACUGUUUGAUAUUUGAUCAUUUUCUGGCGGGCUGCGUUACAGGUGCGGCUGUCUGCUUUAUUUCUCCCACAAGCGCAUGCAUGCGACUGCGUAUACCCUCUUACAUAGCAUAAUGCAUCAUGAUAGAUCCACCU